UCUCUCUCUUGCAUUCAACACAAAAUUGAAGACACUACAUGUCUUCUUCUACCUAUAAAUUUAAGUCAUAGCAAGAUGCUUUUGCUUCACACAGAUUCAUAUCCAAAGAGUUCUUUCUUCACUUAAAGCUAAGAAUAACACUUUUGGUGAUAUCCAUGGCUGUUAACAGAUAUGUCGAUUAUGAUUCGAUAGAUUGUGUUUCUCAAUUGCCUGUUGGAUACAGGUUUGAUCCAACAGAUGAUGUUCUCAUGAGCUAUUAUUUGAGGAAGAAGAUCUUUAACCAACCUCUUCCACUUCAUGGAAUUCUUCAGUUUGAUGUGUUUCAAACUGAACCAUGGAUGCUACCUAUUGAUACAAGAAAUUCAUUUAGUGAUAGAAAAUACUAUUUUUUUGAUCUGAGGAACCGGAGAUUUGAAAACAUGGGCAUAAGAGGAGCUGGUAAUGGUGAAUGGAGAGUUGUAGAAAAAAAAAAAGAAGUUUCUCUUAAAAGCCUUUACUUUAUUGGGAGAAAGAACACUUUUGAGUAUUGGAAGAUGGAGGGAACACAAGCUGUGAAAAGUGAAUGGACGAUGGAGGAGUUUCACAUCAGUCCAAUUGUUCAUCCUCACAUGAUGUCGCAUUUAGGGGCAUAUCGAGUUUUUAAGAUGAAGGUGGCAAAGGGUGAGAAGAAAGUUAACACACCAUCUGUGAUUGAUUUAGAAAUAGAGGGUGAAGAUGAAUCAGCCAACCCUUCUUCUCCUUGAACUCAUCAUGUUUCAUUGCAUUGAACUUAGAUAUUAAUAGUUGCAACAAAUCAUCUUUUUUGUUUAAGGAAUUUAUUUGUAAGUCCUAUGGACAUUAAACAUCUUUUUAUUAUCAUUCUAGUUUUCAGGGAAUUCUGUUUUAUUUUUGCACUCAAGAACUUAAAUAAUACUAAUAAGCAACUUAUA